AUGUCCUCCUCUGAGCGCUAUUCGUCAUCGGCACGUGCACCGCUAGCAGGAGUUCGUCAAAUCACUAGGAAUCGCGCAAGCUACAGCUGCCACACCUGUCGACGAAGGAAAGUAAAAUGCGAUAAGAUUCAUCCAAUAUGCGGAAAUUGUUCCAAGACCGGAGGCGAAUGCAUCUACGACCUGUCGUCGCAAAAGCGCGAGGAGCGGGAUAGUUCCACCCGAAUCGCACAAGGCGUAAAAAGAAGACGGGAGAACCCACGAGGAGAUGAAGAGGAAUUGGUGAAUGAAGGGGAUAUAGAAGAAUUGCAAUCAAUCUAUGGACAUUUGCGACAAGCAGAAUCAUCCCCAACCCAGAAGUCGGAUCCUCGCGCCAUCAAAAAUCGAUUGGAUAAACUGAGGUCGAUGAUCGAAACCCUCAGUGGAAACCCGCAGACCUUGGAAGCAGCCGAGAAGCGCGCUGAAGCCACAGAAGGAACGAUUGAAUCGUCUCUAUUAGAGGAACUGCGACAUAGAAAGGCACAAAACGAGAGAUCCCCGUCUCAGUCAGCCAGUUCACGUCGCGCUGCAGCAGAGUCAAGCGGAGACGAAUUCCCUAUCCCUUCGGGCCCAGCGAACGAUCUUGUCGACCCUAUUGGGAGUUUAAAUUUGGGCCAUUUGAGUCUGGAAGAUGGCGGAAGGUCACGAUACGUCGGAACAACAUACUGGGCUUAUAUCUCUCAUGAGAUCAACGAUCUCAAUCAGUUGUUACGAGAUCAGAAUCGGUCACCCGAUGUAUUGUUGACCGAGAACACCCAAGGUUCUAACAACUCCAGCAUGAAAGGUCGCCAAGCGAGAGAUAAUUCCAUCCACAAUGCUUCACGCUCGACUAGCUCUCAAUCCAGCGGUGGAAAUCUUCACCAAUCAAUACUAUCUCCAUUUGGAGAUUCUCCGUCAUUGAAUGAGAAGGUGGUGGAGCCUGAGAUGCUCGAAAAUGUCCCCACGAGGCGCCAGAGCCACAUUCUUUACAAAGGUUUCAUGUCUGGUAUUCAUGCGAUCAGUCCUGUUAUUCACCCACCAACCAUUCUCAAAUUUUAUAAUGCCUUUUGGAACUGGUAUGACUUUAGUAGCUACUCCGGAGAGCCGUGUCCAAACCCUUCAUUUAUACCCCUUCUCUACGCCAUAUGGUAUGGUGGAUCCGUCACGAUUUCAAUUCGAACUAUAAAUACCGAAUUCAAUGCAAUCUCACGAUGUCCAUUAUCCACAGUCUAUAACGAAGAAGUGACUCGGUGGUUGAAAAAGAUUUCCUUUCCUCGAAGCCCCUCGCUGCAAGGGCUGUCAGCCUAUCUCAUUGUUCAAACUAUCCUUGCGAAGGAGGAAGAACCAUUGGCUAGUAGUCUUUUCGUCUCUCUUGCUAUGAGAGUGGCACAGUCAAUGGGCCUUCAUCGGGACCCAGCCAAAUUUGGUAUUGAACCAUGUGAGGCAGAGUGCAGGCGUCGUUUAUGGUGGCAUAUCCUGCACAUGGAUGGUGUAGUCGCUAUGUCAAGCGGACUUCCUCCGUUGAUAAGUGGCGAGGAUUAUUGGGAUGUGCAAGAAAUCAGUGAGAUCAAAGACACGCUUCUUGGAACCCCGGCUGCCGAUCAUUAUGAGCAGCUACUUGCAACUAACCAGCAACUUCCGGAUAACCCUGAUGACCCAUCUGUUUGCGGAGGCCCAUCGAUGGUGAAUGUAUUCUAUCUCGCUGCCAAAGGCAAAUACAUCAUGGCUCGCGCCGUUCGUCGAAUAUUAAAAAUCCAAUUGGGAACAAAGCCUGUUACCCGCUUAGAUAUGGAAGAGCUGCGAGCCAUUCUUCUCGAUCUCCAGCUUAAACUAAACGCAAUAGCCAGCAGGAUUCCUGAGGGAAUGAUGACUGAUAGUGCAUCCGUGUUGUCUGAUCGAGCUUUGUCGAUAUCCAAGUCUCCAACAGAACCUCAUUCUACCGAGUCAGAACUUCCAGGUGAAGGAUUGAAUGGGUGUCGCGAACAAUACCACUCUCCUGUGCUCUUAUCCUUUCAUAAAUGGGCCAAAAUUAUCCUUUUGCUGUACAUCGACAAGGUUCGCUUUCCAGUAACAGGAAACAUCAAGAUCCUUCCCUCUAACUUUGGAAUUUUAGGCUUUUUGUGUCGCAUAUCAACCAUUUCUCAAGAACGCUCGCAGUCGAAUAUGGCCGGUAGCUCGACAAAGGUGAUGCUCUUCGUCAUUGCCAUGGAUUCAUGGAGAAGUUCAUUCAACUCGCGACAGAUCCUGACUUUCAACCAUUCCACUGGAGUUGGCCAGGCAAUCACCAACCCAUGCAUGCGACGAUGUAUUAUCUUCCCUCUCGUCUCAUUCGUAUACUUCAAACUAACAUUGACUAGGAUUAUGCUUAUUGAUCUUUAUGAAAGGCCAUACAGCCCUGAGGCUUCAAAAUCACGUGCUUUUAUCGACCGCAUUCUGGUCCUCUCAGGCCCAGAUGGAGGCGUUGUGGGCGGUGAAGAUGGUAUAUCCAGCCAGAGACCUUUGAAAGACGGCGGACGUGAAGCCUGGGACAUGAUUCGUCGUCUUCGACAGAAAGCCUGGCAAAAAGCGGGCUUGAAUCCAGAAAUGCUCUGGACUGAACAAGACCAGAUCCAGGCAGGCAUUACAUCGCCGGCUGGAGAAUCUCGCAACCCAACACUUUACUGGGGGCCUGGACCCCCUCUCAUAUCAAACGCAGAUUCACACUCGGCCAUUCGUCCAGAGCGCCGACUCAGUGAAUUCGGCCGUCUAUUUUACCACAUGACCCGCUCUCAUAUACCGAGCCCCUCAGGCUCAUCGCCGGGGAUCAGAUCGAGCCCCUUACGAUACUCUUACCGAUCACCUUCUCAACAAGACUCUUCAUCCCUUCCUAACCCACAAUACGCAUCUCUCCCCGCCGCAUUCACCAUACCAUCCUCGCCACCUGUGGGAUUCUCCUCUCCAGCUCUUUCUCCAACCGCCGUCUCGCACAUUCCAAUACAGCGGCCGUUGCAAUCUCCAAACAACAGAACCUUUCCACGGAUGCUCUCUAUAGAACCAGUUUCUCCCAAUCCACCACCACUUGGACUCUCCACUCCGCCCUCAAUGGUUGAUCCAAACCUCCAUUUUGACUGGGACCAAUGGGAUGCUGUCUUUGGGCAGCAUCUCCCUUUCGCUGAUGAUCUCAUGGAACUUGACGCUGUUUCUGGGCUGGAGUCUGCCAAUAUUGGCAUUCCCACACGUGGUGCUGUCAACUCCAAUGCAGUUCCUGAAGCACCGUCUUUUCGCGAUACGAUUCUUCCGCCUGUCUGGGCAGACAACGGGUCAAGUAACCCUUUAAUGACCUCUAUUGAGUGGACAGGUAUUGAUUAUGAGAAUAAGACUCAUGUUAACUAUUUGUAA